CUACGCAUGCGCGAUAGGGGUAUAGGUGAUGACGAAACAAGGGUCAGCCUUUCAAAUCGUGAUUCUCACACGCCAGACUCUUGACUGGAAAAAACUGCUCUAAAAUCACACAAAUUUACCCCAAAAAACCCUAAAAACCAACCAACAAUGGGAGAUGCAACCAAAGGAGCCAAGAUCUUUAAACAAAAGUGUUCACAGUGUCACACAGUAGAUAAGGGAGGCAAACACAAGACAGGUCCCAAUCUUCAUGGUCUGUUUGGACGCAAAACAGGCCAAUCUGAAGGCUUCUCAUACACUUCCGCCAACCAGAAGAAAGGUAUUACCUGGGGUGAAGAUACAUUAAUGGUUUACCUAGAGAAUCCCAAGAAAUAUAUUCCAGGAACCAAGAUGGUGUUUGCUGGACUAAAGAAAAAGAGUGAACGACUAGAUCUGAUUGCUUAUCUUAAGGAAUCAACAUCAAGCUGAUUUGUGAUCAAUCUCCAGUGAAAUCGCAAUUUUUUUAAAACAUUGGAUAAGUCAAACAUUAACCAUUGACCUUGUAAAUUACUGUGUAUACUGAGGCAAGGGACUGUGUUAUUCAAGUUUGUGCAUUCAUGAGUUCAUUAUAUUUUAUUUUACAGCUUUUUAUGUGUUAGCUGCACAUUCUUUGUCUCAUUUUUGCUUUAACUGUGUAAUAUGCCGGGCUUUUACGGAGAUGACAAUAAAUAAUAAAAAAA